AUGCGCUCUCCAUCCUACAGUCCACUGCCCUCACCCAUACCGGCAGUCGCAUCACAAGCAGUUCGCCGACCCUUCAUACCAUUUCUAUGUUUGGCAGUGUUUUGUAUUGUGGCAUGGCAUUCCUAUCCUCAAAUAUCAGCCAAUUUUGACACUGUGCCACUAAAUGGUAAGUUUUUUAAAUUUUAUGUAUGAGGGCGUGGUAAAAAUUUUUGGUGGAAUAUUGGGGUGGUAAAACAAUAUAAGAAUCUUUCGGGCGGGGUAAAAAAAUUUUGAGUGAGGGGAGGAGGGGGAAGUCAUGUGGGUAGGUAUAAAAACAUUUUUUGACAAAUUCAAACAAAAAAAAUUGGGCGGUGUAAAAAAUUUUUUGGGGGUAGAUUAAAUUUUUUAUAAAAAAAUAUGGGAUGAGAGUUAGGCUGGGAAAAACGAAGCUUUUCACGAAUUUUAAACAUAAUAAAAUUUCAAUUUCAGUAGAAACAACCACCACCCCACCAGAGAACGAAUGCUUGAUCAUAUUGAUCACUCCGACUUAUGCCAGGCCGACUCGGAUGCCAGAUAUGACGAGAAUGGCACAGACCUUGAUGUUAGUCAAGAACAUUCACUGGGUUGUUAUCGAAGACGCCAACAAGACUUCUGAUGCCGUGGAGAGGCUACUGGAGCGGAGUGGAAUACCGUAUACUUACUUGUUCACUACUACUGUUAAUCUGCCUAGUAAGUGUACUGUACUUUUUGGUUUUCUAUAGCAUCAGGCUGGGCUACAGUAGGGUAGGAUAUGGUAGGGCAUUGUAAGGGUAGGGCAAGUCAAAGGAAGGCAGGGCAGAACAGGGCAGGGUAAAUUAUGGUAAGGUAGGGCAGGGCUGGGUAGACCAAAGUAGAGUAGGGUCAAGGCAGGGAGGGUCAAGUAGGACAAGUCAAGGAAGGGCAGGGUCGAGCAGGACAAGAUAGGAUAAGGUAGGGUAGGGUACACUGUUAAUAAAAUUACAGUACCACCUUUUCAGAACGUGGCUGGUACCACCGUAACAUGGCUCUAGACGUAGUCAGUACCAAGUACCGUGAGUAUAACGAAUGUGCCGUGGUUUACUUCGCCGAUGAUGACAAUACGUAUGACUAUCGUCUCUUCAAUGAGUACAUCAGAAAAGUGAGAACGGUCGGUUUAUGGGCAGUCGGCUUCUCUGGUGGUGCCAAAGUGGAAGCACCUCAUGUUGAGAAAGGCAAGAUCACGAAAUGGGACGUUGUUUAUGCUCCGAAUCGACAGUAUGCUACGGAUAUGGCUGGAUUUGCGGUCAAUUUGAAGCUGGUCAGGAAUUCAACGUGAGUUUAAAAACAGUCUUCCCUACCCACUCCUAUCCUACCCUACUCUCCAAUGUCCUACCGUAUCAUGCCCUGCUUGGUCACGCCUUGACCUGUUCUACCCUAGUCCAUCCUAUCCUACCCUAUAAUAACAUAAACUCUGGCAUAACUUGCCCGGUUCUAUUCCACCGAACUGUAUUGUACCCCCCCCCUCAUACCCUAUAGUAGCCAACGUUUUACCUCCCCUAUUCUAUUCAACGUUAUCAUACUCUUUUUUAGCUUACCUGACAAGGUACCGUACACAAACUUUACCGUAUUUAUAAGAUGUUUAUAAACAAACAUUACUGUACUCAUGCUUUAUUGUUUAUACCGUCUUUCAUCUUCAUUUAUUUUCCCUAUACUCUAUCCUACCCUCCCUACCCUACAUAAACUACCCUAUAAACUUGUUACUUUCAGAGCCAGAUUCGACAAGUCCUGCGGCAAAGGUGAUCCGGAGAACUGUUUCCUGAAGAAGCUGAACGUAUCCAAAGCCGACUUACAGCCUUUUGGGUAUGACAAACAGCCUAAAGACAUAUUGGUAUGGCAUACCCAGUCAAGGACGCCUGAAGGCAAAGGAUCAUCACAUGGAUAUGUAUAUGAAGAGAAGAAGAAAACGUAG